AUGGAAAAUCCUGAAAAGCCAGAAAAAUCGAAAGCCCAGCAGCGUGCGGAGCGUCGUGCUGUACAGGUACUGUACGAAUUCACCUGGUUUAUCACUUACUGUUUCGCAGGAGGCGCAAGAGCAGCUAAAGCGGCUGGCAAAACAGGAGCCUCCAGCGCCAGCCCCAUCACGAUUCCCGUUCCCGAACGUCAGCCGUCUCCGGUCACUGUUCCGAAGCCCAGUCCGAAGGCCCAGCUGUCUGAAUCACGAGGCACUCCGCCGCAAACGCAUCUGACGAAAUCCGCGGCCGCUGCGACUAAGCCUGCAGUGCAGUCGCAAAGCAGCGUUAACGAAGCCCAGCGCCAACAGCUGAACGCCAUUCGACAGCGGAGUUUCAAUUCGGAAACGGCCAGCACUACCAUGGAGGCUUCUAGUGCUAUAGCCACAUUGGGAAUCUUUUCGCAUUUGCCAUUACCUCACAAAGGCGUCGGGCAUUUGACCAAAACACUCAACUUCUCCUCCCCUACAAUUCACCCAGCCAUUGUGAAAUUGGGAAUACGUUAUUCCAGCGGUGUUAUAAGCGGAUCGAAUGCACGUUGUGUUGCUUUGAUUGAAGCGAUGAAAGAGGUGAUUGCUGAUUACUCUACGCCAAUGAACAAGUUUCUGUGUCGAGACUUGGAAUCUUCCAUAAAACCCUAUAUUAAUUUCCUUGCUCAGUGCCGACCUUUGUCAGUAAGCAUGGGAAAUGCUAUACGCCAAAUCAAGUGGUUGAUUACGCAUACACCCGCGGAAAUGCCCGAUACGGAAGCAAAAGCUCGGCUGAUUGAACAACUUGAUCACUACGUGGACGAGAAGAUAGUUUUGGCCGGGAAAGCCAUUGCCGAAAACUAUGCUGCGGAAAAGAUUAACAAUGGCGAUGUCAUUUUGACGUAUUCAUGUUCUUCCCUGGUGACAAAAGUUCUGCUUGAAGCUCAUUCCAGAAAGAAAGCUUUUUCCGUUGUUGUUGUGGACGGUCGCCCGCGAAAUGAAGGUCGGGAGUUGUUGCGGAGACUGGUUCGGCAUGGAUUAAAAUGUUCAUACGUCCAUAUCAACUCGAUUUCAUACGUUAUGCCGGAGGUAUCAAAAGUGCUCAUGGGCGCGGAAUGUCUCUUAGCCAAUGGUUUUGUGAUGUCGCGUGUGGGAAGUUCUCAGAUCGCUUUGGUGGCCAAAGCCUAUAACGUACCUGUGUUAGUAUGUUGCGAGACAUACAAAUUUUGUGAGCGAGUCCAGACGGAUUCCAUUGUGCAUAACGAACUGGGUAAUCCAGACGAUUUGCGCGUGCCUGGCAUGUGGCCGGUGGAAGAGGAACCGGCUAUGAUUUCCAGACUAAAUCUAGCCUUUGAUGUCACACCUCCUGAUAUGAUUACGGUGGUCAUUACAGAAAUAGGAAUGGUACCUUGUACGUCAGUUCCCGUAGUUUUACGUGUUAAACAUGCUCUUAUCAAGUAGUAAGCGUCUUAUGUCUCUCAUUAAUUCUCGUAUCUGUUGGAUGAAUGUUGUAUACAAUAUCCCAGCGUUUUUUAUUAAAUCGGUUGUAUGG